ACAACAACUUCCGCUGUGUUGCCGGAAGUGACAAAAGAAAGUAAACACGGGAGCUGUCAGUGCAUCCAGAAAUCAAGAUUUAAUUGCGAGUAGCUAAACGGAGCGAUUUCAAAAAGAUAUUGUGUUUUUUAUAUACACUAAGAGACUUUUUUUAUGGGACACUGGUGCAAAGUCUGAUAAAGGGAUCAGGAGUGACACCGUCCUGCAAUGUUUACAGACAUGGACUAUGAAUUAGAGGAGGAUAAACUUGGUAUACCCACAGUACCUGGUACUGUGUGCCUGAAGAAAGAUGCUAGUAACCUUAUUGGGAUCAGCAUUGGUGGUGGGGCACAGUACUGUCCUUGUCUCUACAUUGUUCAGGUCUUUGAUAACACCCCUGCCGCUCUGGAUGGGACACUGGCAGCAGGUGAUGAGCUCACAGGCGUGAAUGGAAAACCAGUGAAGGGAAAGACCAAAGUGGAGGUCGCUAAGAUGAUACAAGCUGUACAGGGAGAAGCAGUAAUCCACUACAACAAACUGCAGGCAGACCCCAAACAGGGGAAGUCUCUGGAUAUAGUGCUGAAGAAAGUCAAACACCGCCUGGUUGAGAAUAUGAGCUCCGGUACAGCAGAUGCUCUUGGACUCAGUAGAGCUAUACUAUGCAACGAUGGACUGGUCAAACGACUGGAAGAGCUGGAGAAAACAGCAGAGCUCUACAAAGGACUGAUGGAGCACACGAAGAGACUGCUCCGAGCUUUCUUUGAGCUUUCUCAAACUCACAGAGCGUUCGGAGAUGUUUUUUCAGUCAUCGGCGUACGAGAGCCCCAGGCUGCCGCCAGCGAGGCCUUUGUGAAGUUUGCCGAUGCUCACAGAAACAUUGAGAAAUACGGCAUUAAGCUGCUGAAGACCAUCAAACCUAUGCUCCAUGAUCUGAACACGUACCUUCACAAGGCCAUACCAGACACCAAGCUCACCAUCCGCAAGUACCUGGAUGUGAAGUUUGAAUAUCUGUCGUACUGCCUGAAGGUGAAGGAAAUGGACGAUGAAGAAUACAGCAGUAUUGCCAUGGGAGAGCCCCUGUACCGCGUCAGCACUGGGAACUAUGAGUACCGUUUGGUGCUGCGGUGUCGGCAGGAGGCUCGCUCUCGCUUCGCCAAAAUGAGGAAGGACGUUCUGGAGAAGAUAGAGCUGCUGGAUCAGAAACAUGUCCAGGACAUCGUGUUCCAGCUGCAGCGCUUCGUCUCAGGCAUGUCCCAUUACUACGACGAGUGCUACGCCGUCCUGAAGGAGGCAGAUGUCUUCCCCAUCGAAGUGGACCUCUCUCGCACCACGAUCAACUACGGCAGCCAGUCGCUGUCCUACGCUGGAGACGAGGAUGAGGAGGAAGAGGAAAGCGGGGGCGCAGAGGAAGGAGGGAGCAGCACAGGAAGACAAGCAGAGAACGGCGCAGAAAAACUGAUCGAUGACGAAUGAGUGUGUGUGUGUGUGUGUGUGUGUGUGUGUGUGUGUGUGUGUGUGUGGGUGUGUGUGUGUGUGGGUGUGUGGGUGGGUGUGGGGGUGACAGAGAGAGAUAAUCUAUCUUUCUGAUGCUUUUAGAGAAAUGAAUAGUGGAAUGAAUGAAGGUACAACCCAAUGUUUCCUUUUGUGGAUCACACAUCUAUUUACACACUGAGGAGUUUUAUUUAUUGCUUUUAAGUUUAGAAUUGCGUCCAAACGAAUGUAAAAUAAGUUACAUUCUAAAUAAGAGAGUACCUCCUUCCACCUGAUGAAAUGCAACUUGUCAAACUGCCAAUCAGAUUUUUAAUCCAUAUUUGAAUGUGUAUAUGUUUCAUGUUGAUUAUUUUACUUUGGAAUACAGUUUUUUAUACCUGCAGCCAUUUGUGCCUGAGAGUAACCUAAUGACUUUAUAAAAUGUAGAAUCAAUGCACUAAAACAGUGGUCACGCCGUCCUGAAUCUUUUUUUUUUUACAAAUGCUUAAAUUUCUUCAUGCAUGCAAACGCUAUCAUUUCAGUGGUAAAUAAAACAAUCAGUGCAAUGUUA